AGAUUACAGUCUCGGUUACGGCGGACGGGGAAAGAGAAGUGCAGUUGUUUGUUUGGGUUUUUUUUACAGGCAAAAUGGGAACCCUUUCUUUCUUUGGCUAUGUUUUGGGACUAUAUGUCCUAAUCGCUUGCACAUUAGCGUCCUCGGACGUGUUUAACAGCGUUCUGGGAAGCACCGCAUCCUGCCAUAAGUCAUGCGGAAUGACAUACAGUUUGCACACGUAUCCACGGGAGGAGGAACUAUACGCCUGUCAGAGAGGCUGCCGUCUGUUCUCCAUUUGCCACUUCGUCCGUGACAGCGACGAUUUGAAUCAGACCAAAUCUGAGUGUGAAUCAACCUGUCGGGAAGCCUACGCCCAGCCUGAUGAGCAGUACGCGUGCAACAUGGGCUGCAACAACCAGCUUCCAUUUGCGGAGCAGCGUCAAGAUCAGUUGGAGGCCAUGAUGCCGAGGAUUCAUCUCCUCUAUCCCCUGACUUUGGUCAGAGGCUUUUGGGAUGACGUAAUGAGUCAGGCCCACAGCUUCAUCACUUCCACCUGGACGUUCUACCUUCAGGCUGAUGAUGGAAAAGUUGUUAUUUUCCAGUCCGAACCGCAGGUUAGGAUUUUCUCCCACAUUGAACUGGACAAUGAUUUUAAGGAGGAGCCUCAGAAGAGCUUCCAUGAGCUGAGCAGUCCUAUUUACAAAGAAUACCAUCGCACUUUAAUCCAAGAGAGAGACAGAGACCUGUCUGGCGAGCGCAGCUAUGACGACGGAUACAACCUUUUCAGCUGCCUGUCAAGGAACCCCUGGCUGCCUGGGUGGAUCCUAACGACCACUUUAAUUCUGUCUGUGAUGGUCCUGAUCUGGAUCUGCUGCGCUACUGUGGCAACUGCUGUGGAUCAAUACGUACCUGCUGAGAAACUGAGCAUCUAUGGGGACAGUCACUACAUCAAAGAGCAGAAACUGACUCCUUACCCAGCAUCCUCUCUGAUUAUCAUCACCUCCAAGGGCCCAGAGGAAGAGGCUGGGCCACUUCCCUCCAAGGUGAACCUGGGACAGUCCAAUAUCUAGAAACCACAGCUGCACUCCCGAAUGAACCUUCUUCUUGAUUUAAUAAUUUUCAGUUUCUUUUUUUUUUUCUUUAUCCUCCCAUUUAAGGCCUGAGUUGGUUGUGGUCUCAGCAGAACUUUCAGAUCAUUCAGUGUUAACUGAUUUGUCCUUGCUUUAUUCAAAUCUUAAGUUGGAGUGAUUCAAACUUUUUUUUCUGUAUAAUUGUGACAUAAUGGUAUAUUGAGGGUAAUAAAGGAAUAAAAUGUUUUAAGAUUUUUCCUGCAGGUUUGGUGUGUGCUUUAGUUUUCUGUCGGUGUGUGUUUUUUAUUGAAUGUAAUGAUCUGACUUGAAGUGAUGCAGGUUUUUACCCAAAUGCACAAUGUUUUUGGAAAUGUAGGUCGCGUGCAUACUGCCGACUCUAUUUUGUUAACAUGUUGGUAUUGCUGUGACAUCCUGAUCCGUUUUACAGUAAAAGUCUGUGCUUCUAAUUAAAUGAGAUGGUACAUGCGGUUGAGUCUUUUCUGCUUCGCUGUUUGUUUACUUAGUAAUAAGAAUAAAGUACAGCUCUGUCAAA